AUUGUGAUGUCAUCGACAAAAAUAUGCUAAAAGCGAAGAGCGGGCAAAAACCUCCAGUGAUGAAACAACGUCUGCCAGCAGAAUGCGGUGAACACACACUUGGUUAAACAAUAAAUAGUAAAUUCCACCAUCAAUAGUAAAAUAUGCUUUGUGCACACAGAGCAACUUACUGUAAAUACGACCUGCUGAGUCCAACCUUCAGGGACUCGUGAUCGGACCUGGCACUCGGACAAACUUCAUUAUUUACAUAAGGAAUCAGCCGUAAAAUACUGCACAAAAUGCUGAAAUACCCCAUUACAUUCUCGAUUCGUGGUCAAGUACUACACAAGUACUACACUCGUCCUUCUUUCCUACUCUGUCACCGAUGAAACGUUGUUAUUAAUGAGUAUUUGGAGUGUUACACGUUCAUACACAGCAUCUAUACACGCAGACGCACAGGGGACCAGCAUUAAAGCUGGAAGCAGCGCCGCGGCUCGUGCGCGUGACCUGGACUUCCACCUAUAGGAGCUGUAAAAGCUCAUCUUUAACAUUUUAUUAUUUCACGCUGCGCCGCGUGUAGAGCUGCUAAGUUUCCCCCACUACCAGGAAACCGCUCGACAAAGGUCACGCUGAUUAUUUAUUGGCAAUCUGCCAGGAGGCUGCGCGAGCACGUGCGUCUGUUCCUUUGUUGUGCGUGUGCGCGCACGCGCGCCACCGUGCGUGUGUUUUACUGGAAGGACGGGGGGUGGAGCUUUACGGCUUCACUCUCUGGAAACAACCUCCAGUAACCUCCGCACACCGACAGGGUCUGUGCGCGGAGCCGCCGCCGCAUUCCUCCGCUCAGGAGCGACACGCGCGUCUUCUGGAGACUCUCUCGUAUUUUAAUGCCUGACAUAAUAAUUAAUGUAGCGCUACUCUCGGGUAGUUUGCACGUCUUCUUCCCCGGUGACGAGCGGCUGCGGUUCGGGGCUCAAUAUAUCCGCAAGCUGUGUGUAGGUGCUCUCUCCCAGCCCCUCUCUGGAUGCAUCAGACCCCUCUGUCCCGGGGCCCUGGACCCGGUGUGUGACCCAGCCACAUCCGGCCCAUUCCCCCUCCGGUUCCGCCGCCUCGGCCCCCGGCUCCCGUGCGCCGGUGCCGCUCGGUUCUCCCGCUCCGGGCCCCCCGCCUCCCAGCCGGCGGGCCGAGGCGGGGGGCCAUGGAGCCGCGGUGACACCCGCCAUGAGCAGCGUUCACCCAGCGGAGGGCGACGCGGGGUCCGGAUUCCCCCCGCACCACUACAAGCCCUUCCGCUCCCACGCUCACUACCAGCAGGUGAUGCACGCCUUGCGUAAGCUCCAGGAGAGCGGCUUCUACUGGGGGGCGGUCGGGGGCCGGGAGGCCAGCUCCCUGCUGCGCUCGGAGCCGCCGGGGACCUUCCUGAUCCGAGACUCGUCGGACCACCACCAUUUCUUCACCCUGUCCGUGCAGACGGCGCGAGGAACCAAGAACCUGCGCAUCCACAGCGAGGGAGGAGGCUUCUACCUGCAGCCGGACGCCCAGAACACCCAGGAGCUGCCGCAGUUCGACUGCGUGCUCAAACUCAUAGCGCACUACAUGGGAAAGGGGCCGGAGGCCGGGAGGCGCCGGGGGGGCGCGUGCGCAGCCGAGGAGGCGCUGGAGGCGCGCAGCGUGUACCUGAUCCACACCGGCGGCGAGAGGAUCCCCCUGGAGCUGAGGCGGCCGCUCCUCACGUCGCUCUCGUCCCUGCAGCACAUGUGCAGGAGGACGCUGAACGACCGCGGCCUCGCCGGCCCGGAGGGGGCGGAGCAGCUCCCGCACACGCUCAGAGACUUCCUGGAGGAGUACGACGCGCCCAUAUGAGCCGCGCAUACGUGUGCCGGCGGAACCGCGGACUGGUCUGAGAUCAGGCCCGGUCGAGGAUGUGUUCACCGCAGGCGGAACGGGGUCCGGGCUGAGGAGCCGGUUCUGGUUCCCCCUCCUCCACCCUGCCUCACAGCAAACGAGCAGUAGUGCAAGUGGCAGAUGAAGCCAGAGGUCAAAGGUCAGUGUCACCUAAACCUGGCUGAGACACAGAGCGGAGCCUCGCAGAGGAUUAACGGUCCAUAUGAACAGAGGCACAACGACGAGACGGGUCGGGACCAGUGACCCGGUGACGACGGAACCUUCUCCCAUCGGGGGCGUUCAGCACGCUUUGCAUCAUGGGACAGGAGCGCUGUGUGUGUGUCCUGCAGCCACACAAACACACACACACACAACAAGAACAAAGAUCAGCAUCACCGAGCAUCUUCUCACCCCCUGUUUGUUUUCAUCGUCCCGCUCCAUUACGCGGCGCCGCCCGCGGCCUCUGUGACCUUCACUGACAGAAAGCAGAAUUCUGUGGCCGAGACAAAAGCUCGUUACUGAGACAAAAGCCUUGGAGCGGACCCAAACUAAACAUCACAACCUAUUCUGGUCCAGACUGGCUGGAAGUUUGUCAGCGACACUGUAAAGCGUCGGGGGACGACGGCGAUGGUCGCCGUGGAAACGGGGGAGGGUGAGAAAAGAAACUGGAAGACGGCUCGGAAAUAGGAUUAGGAAAAGGAAAUUGAAGAGGAGAAAAGAUCUGGGCAGGGGGCGAGGAGGGGGGGGGGGGGGGAGUCUUUACUGGUAUACAGCUAAACAAAAACAUUGACGUGAGUGAUGUCCCAGACUUAGAGGAAAUGAAGCAGCUCCACAGGCGCGGUUCCUGUAAACGUCGGCCCAGGUUUGUUCUGAGCCGCUGAGCGCCGACCUCGUCUCAUCUCCUUCUUCCUGCUGCGUCUCCUGCCUGGAGCUCCUGGAGGAGCGGCCGCACGGAGCCCGGAGGGGAGCGGGAGCGAACGAGGAGCACGCGCCCCCCCACGGUGCCCCCCACGGUGCCCCCCACGGUGCCCCCACGCUUUUGAUGCAGGACGCGGGUUUGGGCCGAGUCGGGGUCGGAGCUCCGUCCUGGUCAAAGCCACGUCUGUGACGUGUGUCGCAGCAGCGCACACGCGUGUACGUGACUCAUUGUGUCUUUUAUAAAGACUCCCUCCCAGAAGCCUGGCCACUAGUCUGGCACAAUACAAGCUGUAAUAUCUGAAAUGACGAAACAUUACAAAAAUAAACACAAAGGAACAUUGCACAUAUUUAUAUUUCUAAACUAUUUCAGUAAUUUAUAUUAAAGAGCACUAUUUUUACAAAAGUCAAA